GUAUUCUAGAAAGGUCUGGCUACUAGACUCUAAUAAAAGCAUAGGAUACAUAUUACUUUAAGGUACCAUUCUCUUUCUCUAUGUUUCUCGCUCGCGCGGCAAGUUUCAUUCCUGUCAACAGCCAAAUGCAGCAGAUGUUGCAAUGUUGUGAAGUUGUUUUUCUCCAUUUUACUUCUUUCCGGCAAACAAAAUAUCAACAAAUAUGUUUGGUGAAAAAGUUUUGGAAUUGGUUCAAGAAUUACAGAGGUCGAGGGAUGGAACAAUGUUGCCAUUUAAUGAAGAUGGUGUAAGGAAGGUCUUGGAAGAAAUGAAAGCUUUGUAUGAUCAGAAUCAGGCAGAUGUGGUGAGUACCAGGGAAGAGGGGCAGAGUGGUCUAUUCUCAGGGGUGCAGUUACGUCACACUUGUUUAGAGAGGAACCAACGAUGCCUCCUAGCAUAUCUACAUAAUCGACUUGCGAUCAUUCGCAAUAUGAGAUGGGAGUUUGGGAGUGUGCUUCCAGCAGACGUUAAACAGAACUUAUCAGAUCAAGAGUUUCAGUGGUUCACCAAAUACAACAAAUCCUUGGCAAGCUACAUGAGGUCAUUAGGCACAGGGGGCUUGGAUCUCACACAGGAUCGGAAACCACCCAAGAGUUUAUAUAUUGAGGUUCGUUGUUUGGUGGACCACGGCGAGUUUGAAACAGAAGAUGGAACGAUAAUUGUCCUCAAGAAAAACAGCCAGCAUUUUCUGCAGAGAUCACAAUGUGAGCAUCUGAUUCGACAAGGCGUCCUGGAGCAUAUCCUGUCGUGAUCGUAACAGUAGAGGGUGCACUUCACCACCUUUCCACGUAUUCAGUUCAGAGGUCACGAACAGUCAACACCCUAAAAAACUUCUGAAUUGUAACGGUUGCUAUAGGUAGACGCGGACAUCCGGGGGCUUCUUACAUUGCCUUGUCUAGUUUCCAGACCUAUUUACUCAAAACCAAUAGUACUUGAGUCUGGAGUGCUGAAUGGUAACUCAUAGCAACCAGUGAAAACUGGUGUGCAAAUGAAUAAGAUAUUUUCACCGUUUGACAAUCCCGCCUACACCUAUGUACCUUGAUGAUGCCGUCUUCCCUGUAGUUUGAUUGGCUAGUUCUGAAGCAUGUGACAUGCGGUUGGGGAUGCAGUGCCUACCUACAAUGCAUGGA